GGAAAGCAGAGGACAAGUCGCUGCCUUGGAGACUCGAAGGUGCCAUAAAAAUUCCACAAGGAGAAAACCAAACGGAGAGCGCAGGACGAGGCGUCAUGCCUCUGUAGAGUCUGUGCCGGGCUCUCUGCGGGUCUCCAGUUUUUCUAUUCCUGCUCAGAAGUAACAUGAACAGUGGAUAGUUGAUUUACACUUUUUAAUAAGUGCAUUGGCCAGAUUACAGUCAAAGGUGGAGAGAGUUUUUUUUUUGUUUCGCAGGCAACGUUUCCCCUUAAAACUAAAAUGCUUAAGUAGUUUUUAAAAGCGAGAAUCAAUCGUUUUUACUUUGUCUGUGCUGCAUUGUACUUCAUCCAUCCAUCAGACAAUCGUUUUACUUUUCUAAAACUGUUAUAUCACACACAAUAGUCGAGGCUAAUAUUUUUAUUUUUCAAAAAGUGGAAGAUAAAAUAAAAGUAAAAACAAAGGACGCUACUGCUUUGUAACCCAGUGAAUACAAAUAACUCACAGCACAAUGCAGAAACUAAAAAUAUGAAUUAUUGUCUGAACAUUGUGGUUAUUUUACAUUAAACAUUUCAAAUGGAUUGGUUUCAUUUUAUCCAAUAAUCGCUCGAAUAUUUCUUUUUUCAAUAUUUGUGAAUUUCGUCUCUUUUGUGUCUUUAAAUUGCAGAGUGACUGUACAAAACUCCACGCUGGGUAGCUGCUUAUAGAAAAGGGAUUUUAUGUUGCUCUCGAUCUUGUGUUGAUACCUCACAAACAUACAAAUAAUACAAAUGCAAUUUGAUAAUAUAUUGACUAUUUAAAAGUCAAUGUGAACGAUGAUUCGCCUUAAAACGGAGGCGUAAUAAAGUCGGGUUACAUGCGACGAGCUAAUAAAAUCAUCUGAGGGCUGAGUGUGUAAAUCGUUAUAUUUUAACAAGUGUAAAGUUGACAGUAACGUGUCUUCAUAUGUAGCUUAUAUUUAAAGUUAUCAAUUCUUCACUGUUAAAAGACAGGCCUUGAAUGGGAAUCUGUGUUAUUAUCCGACAAUGUGAUGCUUGGAUUUUAUCUUUACGCAAAACAUUUAUUCAUCAGUCUUUCCCCACGUUGACGGACCUUCAGCUGUUUUAUGAUCAUAAGAAAAACUGUGAAAAAGCAGUCCUGCUUUAAAUGGGCUUUUAUUCUAUUAAGUGCGCACACUAUUUGCACUCAUCGCCUAUCAUAACAUGCAUAACAGAUUCUGAUCGAAUUAUUUCUGUACACUAUCCUCGCAGAGAUUGCACUCUCAGCAUGUCACUUGUUAUAUUGUUUAGGAGCCCGUUGGUUUUUGCCGCAAUGGUCGUUAACCUCUGAAUGACCCCGUGUGGAGCCCACGCCUCAGAAAGCACCGCAGACAGGCAGUGCAACAGUUGAGCCAGAGGAUGGCGCACCACGACAAUUCAAAACACCCAAACCGUGGCUCAGAGCUUGCCCUAGCCACGAGCGCAUGGAGGCGCGCGCCCUUCACAUCCCACCCAGUAUUUCCUCCGUGCACGAGUUUACCUCUGGAGGUCACCAAGCAGGAUUUACGACUGGUCAACAAAAGCACGUGAUACUCCGCCGUACCCCAUAUUUGGGUGCCUACGUAAGAGAGAAUCAAGUCCAUGGUCCCACUCAUUUCCAUAAUUCAUCAUAAAUUGUGCAAGGGUGCUAUAGGACGCGCUAAACCAUAAGAGCCACAAAUCAAGCACACAGGUUUAUGCUAUUUUACCUCUAAAACAAUAAAAAAACAACAACAAUACCUACAACGAGCAAACGGUGGAAUUGUCAACAAAUGAGCUCCUAUUUUGUGAACUCAUUCUGCGGUCGCUAUCCCAAUGGCGCGGACUUCCAGUUACAUAAUUAUGGAGACCAUAAUACGGCAAACGAGCAAUACAGAGACUCAACAGCCAUGCAUUCCAGCAGGUAUGGCUAUGGCUACAACGGGAUGGACCUAACAGUCGGGCGGACGAGUACCGGACACUUUGUGGGCAACGAGCGGACACCGGGCUACUCCUCAGCGGCGACAACACCCUCGGUGGAGCCGGUCAGGUACACCCAGUCCGCCAGCAGCACCGGGACAUCGUCUCUAUCGCCAACACCUGACCCUCUACCGUGCUCCUCGGUCGCCAGCUCGUCCCCGGUCACCGAGACUCAGUCUCAACACCGAGCCGUGAAAAACUCUAUAACGACCCCGUGCUCUACCCCGUGCUCGAGCUCGAACGGAGGCACGCUGCUGCUCAGUCGGGACUGUGUGUCCAAAGCUUCUCCCCUCGAGGAAGAGAAGCCUGCGGGAAGCGCACCAACAACUCCACAAAAUGUCACGGAGUCAACACAGCCUCAGAUAUAUCCGUGGAUGAGAAAACUACAUAUAAAUCAUGAUUUGUCAGGACCAGAGGGAAAGAGAGCCAGGACUGCAUACACCCGGUACCAGACCCUGGAGCUCGAGAAGGAGUUCCACUUCAACCGGUACCUGACCCGCAGGCGGAGGAUCGAGAUAGCCCAUGCCCUCUGCCUCUCAGAGAGACAGAUCAAAAUCUGGUUUCAGAACCGCAGGAUGAAGUGGAAGAAAGACAACAAGCUGAAGAGCAUGAACAUGGCGGCUGCAGGCGGGGGAGGCUACAGGCCUUGAUAUUCAACUCAUCU